GAGACAGCACCAUAAUGUAACUACAGAAUCGGAUCCAAUUCAACUUGCUAUUUUUGGACAUCGAUUUAUGAGUAUUGCUGAACAAAUGGGUAAUACUUUACAAAAGACUGCAAUUUCCACAAACAUUAAAGAGAGAUUGGAUUUUUCUUGUGCCCUUUUUGGAGCUGAUGGAGGAUUGGUUGCCAAUGCACCUCACAUUCCAGUUCAUUUGGGAAGUUUAAGUUUCGCAGUUUUAUAUCAAUUGAAUUUUUAUAAUGGUACUUUGGAGGAUGGUGAUGUGAUUAUGUCUAAUCAUCCAAAAGCUGGUGGUUCACAUUUACCAG